CUCACCGCUUCCCCCUCCCAUUUUCGUCUUCCUCCUCUUUUACCCGCCGUCUUAUUUUCCCCGCGAAAACCCUACAUCUCAUUCCCUCCUCUCCGCGUCUACGACGCCACCCCCUCCCUCCUCUCCGCACUCAGCCUCAGUGGGCUCCGCCUCCUCCUCAGCGUCCCCAACUCUCAGCUCCACCGCCCUGCCUCUCCUCAACUCUCUCUAACGUUUUGGGGGUAAAUUGAUUUGGGGAUUCUAUUGUUUCAACCGAACUUCUCUCAGCCCGAAUAGUUCUCUGACCGAACUACGACUCCUCCUCGGCAGGAUUACAUUGGCAUGAUAGAUGGAACCCAUAUCGACGUCAUGCUUCCCGCUAGCCUUGUUGCACGUUUUAGAUGUCGUAAAGGUGUAACUCAAAAUGUUCUAGCUGCAUGCACUCCCAACAAGUUAUUUUCGUAUGUUCUAGCUAGAUGGGAGGGAUCCACAAAUGAUUAUAGAGUUUUGCAAGACAUGUUAUCUAGACCACAACCUCGCGGAUUGAGAGUUUACGACGGAAAUUAUUAUUUGUGUGAUGCGGGCUACACUACUAUGCAUGACUUUAUCUCCCCAUAUCGAGGAGUGCGGUAUCAUCUAAAUGAGCACAAUGGUAGGCCAAUCAAUAAUAGACAAGAGUUGUUCAAUUUAAGACACUUAUCCCUAAGGUCUAAAAUUGAAUCAACCUUUGGAGUAUUAAAAAAUCGUUUCAAAAUCCUACCCGCGAAGCCACAUUACCCUUUUCCAACUCAAGUUAAUAUAGUUAUUGUAUGUACUAUACUUCAUAACUACAUCAUCAUAGAAGACCCGGGAGAUGAGUUGUUGCAUGAGGACAACCAUAUUGAAGAGGAUGGAGAUGAAAUAGCAAAUGAGGGUGAAGAGGGUGUUGUUGACUUUACUCAAACUAUGACACAAAGAGAGGAAAGAGAUUCAAGAAAUAAAUGGAGAGCAAAGAGGGAUCAAAUUGCAAUUAAAAUGUGGAAAGAUUAUUGUGAUAAAUAUCGCGGUGGAGACACAACCGAGAUUGGGAUAUAAUUUAAGUUAUAUUUUCCAUGUAUUAUUGUACUCGUUGAUAUAUUGUAUACUACCUCUAUGUAUUCGUUGAUAUUACAACAAUACUCAUGGAUAAAUGGGUAUAUUAUCAUUAUGAAUGCUAUUUUUGCAUAUAUCCAACUUGCCAGUUUGUGGUUCUGUUUUAUUUUUUGCUUGUUUGCAACCUUGAUUAUAUGAGGUGCUUGGCUUGUUUGCAUACUGGUUUUUCAUGCUUGUGGGUUAUUUGAGUUUUUCGGAUUUAGCUAUGAUGAUUGGGCUUUAUGAAUGCUACUUUUUGAU